AUGACACAAAAACUUUUCCUGUCUCUGUCUCUCAUCUUAUCAGCGAUGGUGAGGAAGAAGAAUCCCCCUAUCCGGAGUGUGGGAGGUGAGGAGGAGGAGGAAGAAGAGGGGAGGAGGCCAGCAGGAGAAGAGGAAGAGGAGGGAGAGGAGGAGGGGAGAGUAGGAGCAGAGGCCGAGCGAAUCAACCGGCCCUCGGAGCCGGAGUCCUCAGACCGGAUCAGAGGAGAUGAGGAGCAGGAAGAAGAGGAGGGAGAAAGCGAGUGCGUAUCCUCGUCUGUCUCUCCCUCAUCCGUCGGAGACCGCUACAGCAACGAGGAGAGAGGGGGGAGGAGAGGAGGGAGGGCCAAGCAAGGAGGAGCGGCAUUGACUGACAGACCCGAGAGCCAGUCGGAGCCUGAGGAUGCGGAGAAGGGGGUAGAGGAAGGAGAGAGGAGCGAUAGAGACAGGGGGGAGGCUGAUCACCUCAGUGCUCCGCUCCUCUCCGCUGCCCACCUCCUCCCCAGACAGGAAGGAGGGGAGGAGGCGACAACCGACACCCCCCCACUGUCCUCCAGCCCCUCUCCGAAACUCCAGGACUUCAAGUGCAACGUGUGCGGUUACAGUUACUAUGGCAACGACCCCGCUGACCUGGUGAAGCACUUUAGGAAGUAUCACCUUGGCCUGCACAACCGCACGCGGCAGGACGCUGCCCUCGACACACACAUCCUGGCCCUCCACAACAUGGCUCCCCAACACACACCUCUAGAUACACAGGCAGGCCAGGGCCAGAGGAACCAAGCCAAAGAGUUGGGGAAGACCAGACCAGAUGUACACAAUCAACAGCACAGGACAGUCAUGAUGAAUGGCACAUAUGAUGUACAGGUGACGCUGGGUGGCACGCUAAUUGGGAUUGGCCGAAAGACCUCUGAUUGCCAGGGGAAUACGAAGUACUUUCGCUGCAAAUUCUGCAACUUCACGUACAUGGGCAGUAAUUCCUUAGAACUUGAACAACAUUUCCUGUCCUCACAUCCAAAUAAAGUCAAGACUCCGCCAACUACGCCCCUGCUGGCGACUAAUAACCUGUCAACGCACGACAACCAGACGAAGGAGCGGAGUCAAAUCUUAGACGGGGUGGAGAGAGUCGCAGUGAGAGCAGAAGACGAUUCCUUGGUCGGGUACUCCAUCCCAGUCAGGGCGUGUUUAGAUACCUCGAGCUGGGCGGGGGAGCCGGGUCGAGGUGCUCUGCAGGCGUAUUACUGGUGUAAAUUCUGUAGCUGGAGCUGUGAGUGGUCGGGGGGCUCGGCAAAGCUUUUAGAGCACUAUGAACAAAGACACAGAAUGAGCACGGGAGGCACCAUGAGCCCUAACAACUCCAAUCCUGGGGGCAUGGACAGAGAGAGGGAGAGAGGAGGGAGGAGAGAAGGAGGAGAAAGAGACCACAUGGCAUCCAAAAGCCGCAAAGAUCUAUCAUCCAACCCGUCCAGCACCAGCCAAGGAGACCCAAACAGCAGCGAUUCAGAAGCAGUCGUGACCAGUUAUAACUGUCAGCUGUGUGAUUUCCGCUACUCAAUGGCCCACAGUGCAGAUGUGAUCAUAGUCGCGCCGUUACUCCUCCACUACCAGCACAACCACUCCAUCCACCGAUGCUGCAUUCAGCACUGCAUGUACUGUCCGCAGGGGCUCUGUCAGCCGCAUAAACACUUGGGGGAGGUGUCGCAUCCCUUUGCUUGUCGGAAGCCCACCUGCCCUAAAUGCUGUUCCAAGUUUCCUCAGCCCACCAAACAGCAGGACACCGUGGGCUCGAAGCCGGCCACCACCACCUCACCCAGCAUGACCCCUCCUAAUCCUAGAGGUGACCCCGGUGUCACUUUUCACCCGUCUAACCCUGCCCAUCCUGUUGUCACACAAGGCGUCACCCACCUGUGUGACCAGUGCGCGUUUGCCACCACCGACAUCGAUGUGUUGCUCCAACACUACGAAAGCUGCCACACCCUGAUCAACCUAAAGGGGGCACCGCCACAUGUCAAGGCUGAGGAUGAGGCUGGGGGAGACAAGGAAGGGGGGAGAGGAGGAGGAGGAGGAGAAAGGGAGUACUCUUGUACAAAGUGUCACUUCAUCACGGAAGUGGAAGAAGAGAUUUUUAGACACUACAGGCGUGUCCACGCGUGUUGCCGCUGUCGACGCUGUGACUUCACGGCUCCUGAUUCGUCGGCCCUCCUCGACCAUUUUAACUCGGCCCACUGUCACGAAUCCUCCCCCUCAUUAAGCUCGUUGACAACGACCUCCUUACCCACCUCGCUGACGCCUUCGUUAACACUCUCGUCCAAUGGCUGCUCGGCCCCCUCCACCUUAGCCAUUAAAGAAGAAAGCAAGGGGGAUCUUCGCCUCCUCUACUCCCUUGCACCGCCUGAGGGGCGGUUGGCGGAGGGAGGCAGAGAAGAGGCAGGAGGGGUGGUAAAAAGUGAGGGAGGUGAGGAGAAAGAAAGAGAGCGGGAGAAAGGCUGGGUUCUUGGGGAGACAAGAGGACUGGGAGAAAGAGGAAGCGAGCAGGCCCACGGUUUACUCUGGGUGCCCAAGGAGCGAAUGGGACCCGAAAGAGGAGUAGAAAGAGGAACAGGAGGUGGGAGCCCUUCUCUUUUCUCCUCCCCGCUCUCGUUGUCGUUCGUUUCAGCCAAUCACGAGGCCUCGCAGCAGAAAAGAGGCGUGGCUUCACCUAGCAUGGUUUACCUGGGAGACACCAAGUCAUUUUUGGGAGAUACCAAGUCGUUUUUGGGAGAUGCCAAGCUGUAUGGAGGAGGGAGGUCAGGAGGAGGUGCCACUGCAGGUGGAGGCGGAGGGGAGAAGCAGAUCCAGAUGCCCCCUCAGCAGUACACAGGAGGAGGAGGAGGAGGGAGUGGAGGUGGAGGAGGAGGAGGACAGGAGACCAAAGGAGGAGCUGCGAAAGAGGAGUCACAGUCCCUUCUACGGCGGCGCAGAGGCAGCGGGGUCUUCUGUGCAAACUGUCUGACCACCAAGACGUCGUUGUGGAGGAAGAACGCUAAUGGAGGCUACGUCUGCAACGCAUGUGGUUUAUACCAAAAACUGCAUUCGACACCCAGACCUCUAAACAUCAUAAAGCAGAACAACGGUGAACAAAUUAUCCGACGGCGAACCCGAAAACGCCUCAACCCCGAUUCGCUGUCAUCUGAAACCCCCGCCCCCAAGCAACAGCGCAUCACCAGUGAGGAGCGAAUCAAUGGCGAGGAGUCCGACAGAAGCUGCGCAUCCAUCAAAAACCAGCAGCCGUCCCCUCGCUCGCGCUCGCCCCGAUCCACUCAAGCCUUCCUAGCCAAUCAAACAUUGGAGAUCCACCGACGCAUGCCUCCUCUGCUCCUCCCUUCACAUCCCCCCUCCUCAUUGGUAGCAGAGGGCAACGGGGGCAUCGCCGAAGGGGGAAUCAUAUCAAAAAUAGAGGGAGGUAAAGGAGGAGGGGGAUCAGAGAGAGGCAGUCCGAUUGAAAAGUACAUGCGUCCAUCCAAACCAUCUAGUUAUUCGCCUCCUGGUUCGCCCAUUGAAAAAUAUCAAUAUCCCCUUUUCUCCUUGCCCCUACCAUUAACCCUCUCACCUGAUUUGACCCCUGAGUCAGACUGGCUCAGAUUCUGGACCAAGUAUAAGAUGGCAGCCGCCUCUGGGGUUCCUGGUAGCAUCAGUAAUCUAAGCAGCCCUGGUAGCCUUGGAAAUAACGCUCAUUAUCUUGGUGCAAUGGUCACUCCGGUCCAGCAUCCUCAGCAAAGCUACACGGUGCCUUACUGCGCCUCUCCCUACUCUCCUCUUCCUCCUCCUCCAGCUCCUCCUCACUAUCCCCCUCCUCCUCUUCAUUCCCAAACCUCCUCAUCGUCAUCAUUAGAAAACGACGCUCCUUUGGAUCUUGCAAUAAGACAGAGAGAUACAAGCGCUAAUGCACACGUGUCGACAAAUGGCGCGGAGAGGAGAAGGCAAGAGUCGCCCCUGGCCGAGAGGUUGAGAGACAACUGGAAAGGGGAGAAAGAGGAGGGGGAGAGGACAGAUGGAGGGAACCAGAAGGAGGAGGUGGGAAAGGAAGAGAAGGAUCAUUUGACAAAAAGUCGGUCGAGCAUCCCAUCGACUCGCGCAAUGGUGGAAGUGGCCACGCAGGAUGACCUGACCAACCGUUGCAUCCACUGUGGGAUCUACUUCCUAGACGAGGUCAUGUAUGCCCUGCACAUGAGUUGCCACGGCGACCGGGGACCAUACCAAUGCAGUUUUUGCCUCCACGUGUGUGCGGACCGCUACGAUUUCACCACACACAUACAGAGGGGGCUGCACAGGUACACAGACAAAACGUCACAAAACAGGGGUCACACGCAAGACGGCAUAAUCACAACAAUGUCAGAGCGCGAGCGUCAUAACGCGACGCCAGAGGAAAAAGGUGACCACAGUGAGGUCACAGACGAAAGCAAUGAUGUCGCAGGAGUUUGUCAUGACAACCAAGCAAAGGAAAUUGCAGGCAAUGAUGCUGCUGACAAUAAGGGCGGAGUUGAAAAGGAGGUAACAGGAGAGGGUGAUGAGGUAACACACCAGGAAUUGGGAGACAAGAUGGUGUCAGAUAGUAGUGAUGCCAUCACAGAAACCACAGAGGUCACAACUGAGUCUCAAAACUUAGAUGAGAACACAGAGAGUAAUUAAUCGGAUGCCUGUGACUCACACAAACCUUGAAGAACGUGUUUUAUUGGAUGAAUAAGCUGUUAUGUCUCCACGUUUCUGGAGGCUAGCUCAUGUCAAAAUGGGCCUAUCCUGGGCACUAAAUGGAACACAUCCUUAUGCUGGAAGCACUCGGCUGUCAAAAUGGUCAAAAAUCAAUGUAGGAUCCCGCUGAACUGCUGCGGGGACACUUUGGAGAAAUAGCCUGAAUCCUGUGUUGAGUGACGGUCACUUGACAGCUCUGUGGCAAGUAUUCAACAACAGUCCGGGCAUGCAGCUGAAAUCACCUUUAAUAAACAGCCACUUCAUGUGCUUUCCAAACAAGAGGAUUGGAAGCUGGACUGAAAGUUGGACUGGUCUCAUUUAGAACGAGUUUGAGGAGCUCAGCACUUGCACAGCCACCAUACAGCAGAGCAAAAAAAAAAAAAAAUGCUACAAGCGAAACACUUUAACUGAACUGAGCUGGUCUGCACCAUGCUAAACUGAACCCCGGCUGGUCCAACCCAGCCUGAUGCACCACUCAAACUGUUUUAUCUUGGUACAACCAGAUCCGAUCUGGUUAUAACUGCUUUGUUCUGGUCCAGAGCAUGUUUGUGACUGUUUCACCGCUGUGCAAAUGGAUCCAAAACCAAAACUUGUUUCGGCUCUUUGAAACUGGUCAGUGUUAAACCAGUUUGUUCCGGCUCGGCCGGUGUUACCUUGGUACUAAAGGAUCAGUUGGUUUCGUUCACCCGUGCCCUCUCUGAAACUGUCAAUGCAAAAUCACCACCGCUGCAAUGUGGCCCACAAUGAGAGACUGGUUGGGUUUGAUUCGACGGGGACUUUUUGAACUGCUUAAAACCAGUUUCAGCUGGUUAAACCGGAGUGACUCCGGACCGAAGUGUUCUCUUCAUCCAUUUGGAUCGAAACAAGUGACAUUAUUUUCUAUCUUCCUCCGUGCCAUGAUACUAGCUACGUGCCUGGCUGCCUGCCUAAUAGAACAACCAUCUAUUAACCUGCUUAACAUUUAUAUUAAUAAUAAUAAUGGUAAUAAUAAUUAUGAUGAUGUUAUAGUACAAAACAUGCAAUUUGCUACACUUUCCUAUAUAUAAUAUGUUAUUUUGUAAAGACAAACAAUGCUUUUUUGCAGGAAAUGGUACUAUAAAAAUUAGUCUUUUUGAGUUUUUUCUUUUUCUUUCGGGCUAUUUGUUUGUGUUCUUACGGACACUUGUUACAUUGAUAACAGCCGUCUAACAGAAAUGGUACAGCAGAAGAGGGGGUUGUGUGUAUGUGUGCAUUUGUGUAAUUGCUUUUUUGUGUGUAAGGAUCAAAGGAUGUGUCCGUCCCCAAACGAUGAUGUAAAAUAAUGAAGGCUUGCGCUCGGUGUUUCAGUCCUCAGGGGUCACACGUGUUGCACACCAACCCACCUGUUUCAUAGCAUGUGACACAUCAUUUUUACAUGUUAAAUGGUCUAAUGGUUUUAGCAUGUUACAUGAUUUUCUCUUAUAUAUAUAUAUAUAUAUAGAUAUAUAUGUUCGUAUCAUGUUCUUUAUUUGUUAACAGGUCAAAAUGGUCUUAUUAUGUAACUUUUUUUUCUGUAUGUCUUUCACAUGUUAGGUUACAUGGUUUUAUAGAGAGACUUAGGAACUUAGGGAGAUAAACCCUGAAUUUUAUCAUAAGGAUCAAUUACUUGGGUUAACUGUAUCAACUCUGUACGGAGUCUACAGAGCUUCUUGCCUACAGUGUUUCAUUCAGCCUAUCAUAUUUCUGAGAGUUUGGUAGGUUACAUCUGCGUAGCAUGUUAGCAUCGUAUAAAAUCUGCAAAAUAAGUCGCCUUUUGUAUGGAUGGGAACUGUUACAUGUUAGACCUAAAUAUUACAGAAAGAAGAUGACAAUGUUAAGUUACAUUUUAUAAUGCAAUGAAGUGAAAUGAUCAUGUCCAGCUAACUCAUCCUGCUUUUCUACCAUUCGAUGCCCUCUUUUGGGUUCUAAAUCAGUCUUGUAAACACACUUCAGAGAAAGACCCACCUGACACCGUAACCGAGUCUCUCUUUAAACCAAAUUUUACAGCUCUCAUCAUUUAUUUUUGGUCAGUGAAAGAGUGGUGACAGUCAGGCCCUCCUGUGCGUCAGAAUGGAGCAACACAGUGGCCAUCGUGUUUAUUUUUAUAAAGAGAGAAUCACUUCUCCAGCCUUGCUGCCUUAGUUGCUAGAAAACAAAACAAACCACCAAGGGACUCCUUUGAAGGAAGUAAUAAUAGGUCGAAAGACAAUAAAAGACAGGAAGGAAGGAAGGAAGAAUGAGAAAAAGUUAUUUUUCUAUGCUUAUCCAAAAGAAAUGAAUGGAAACUAUUCCGCCUAGUGCCUGAUAACCUGUACAGAUUUUCUAAAAGGUGUGUUUAUCUGUGUCAAAAAGUUAUGUAAGUUAUGAGUCAGGCAAACAGACUUCUAUAUGAAUUCCCAUGUACCAAGUUAUCAGAGUCAUCCACUGUGAUUCUUGAUUUCAGUCUCGCUGUCUGAUUAGUCAGAUAGUUGUUCACACUUGGUGGUUUCAGCCCAUGAGAAAGACCCACAUGUGCUUUUAACGAAUGAAGCUUGCUAUGCUAUCUGUCAGUCACGAGUUAACCACCUUUCAUUUUUGCAUGUACGUACACGACUUUGUAGAGAUGUUGAGACAUGUGCCUCUGUAACGUUUGUAUGAGGGCCUUUAAUUAUGGCAUGCGGUCAUGUCGCCAUAUCAUGGUCAAGGUGUGAUUGUGCUAAAGAGCAGUGAGAUUAGAUUUCUUCCUUAAGACUGCAAAACAACAAAAUAUAAAAUCUGGCAAAUUCUUGACUCUAGUCAGAACAAAAUGAAAUAACUGAACUUUUCACCUGAGCAAUCAGUGUGUUGUGGAGUGCUGCUUGCAGGAUAAUAGCUCUAAAACAGACAUUAGACCUGAAAGCAUUCUUUUACACAGGAGGACCGAGUACUGUAUACUCUGUAUGUCGAGGCAUAUCGUGUAGAUUUUGCAAUUUUUGAAAAAUUGAUCAUGACAAUAGGAGCAAAAUGCUGAAGGUGUUGAAGUGCAUUUCCAUUAUGCCUUUACUCCUUAACAGCCAAAAAAAGGCCAUCUACCCAGCACUGCACACAGUACUGAGUGUCACAUAAAAACACUAAGAAACCUUUCAAACUAUUGGUGCAAUAUAUUUACAUCAGCGUUGGAAGUCUGGCUUAUCACAGUCAAGACUUCUCACUGCUGCCAUAUAAAUGCAAUGAAAUCAAACUAUUUAGGAUGGCACAUAUUGCCACCCUGGUGUCUGGCAUACGUCUCACUCUGGUGUCAAGUGCAGGGCCCCUGAAGAGUUUGCUUAACACCUUUACCAUGUAUGGCUCCACUAUCCAUAUCACACCUGUCAAUUAAAGGCUUAUGACCUGCAUGCGGUAACAUGGUUUGAAAAUACUUUCAUUCUGAACUUUGCCCUUCGAUUUGCUGAAUAGGUUCCAUCACGCUUUGCGAGGCGCGAUGAAGCUAAUUCAAAAAACAAAAUGUUUUCUUUGGCUUUAUUCUAGGAAAAUAUCUUGCGCUAAUGUGUAAAGUUUUUAGAAUUUACGUUUUGUUUUGUUUUUGUUUUUUUUUAGUUAUGGGCAUCUCUUAAGGGGCUGCUAGCAAAAUAAAAAUGUUUACAUUUGCAUAUGUAGCAAAAAAAGGAUCUUUGUUAAAAGAGAACAAAAGGAAGGAGUGAGGGAUACCUGCUGAGAUGGAUAGAUGGGUGCCUUUGAAGAAUAUAUGGGAUCGAAUGACGCUUCUGAUAAAGGGGUUUAGUUUGUGCGUCCAUUCAUCGCCUCUCCUGUUCGUCCCUCCCUUCAACAUUGUAUCUCUCCCCUAUGUUGUCUAAUUUGACACAUACCUGUCCACCUCUCUUUCCUCUCAUCCCUCCACCCGUCACAGCUGCCCUCUGCCACUCAUCACUUCUGGAUUCCUCCUCUUUCCCGAAUCCCUUCUUUUGUUAAAGGUAAUCUCAGCUGGUAGACAGGUCGCAGGGCUUUAAAUGGGAGUUAGGCGAUUGUGUCAUGCCACAUCGAGUUGAGCUGAGGUCGACUCAGUUAACCCAGAACUGACAGGAGCUGCUUAGGUUGUUACCAGCAGUAGAAAUUUCAAAUGCAUGCUUGAAGCAAAGGGUGGAUUUUCUCAGAUUUGGGUUUAUUCUUUUGCCAACGGGACUCACAUUUGAUAAGGAAAUUCAACACAAAUUUUCAUCUUUUAAAAGAUGUGAAGUCCUUUGGUACAGAUUUUCAUGGGAUUUCUAGGAAACAGUACGACAAAGAGUAUGUUUUAAAAAAAAAGAAGGAUCAAAUAGUUUUUGCUUUUUUCUCCUUUUCUUUUUGUUCAAUCUGGGUGCACAUCUCAUCUUGAUGAACCACAAGGAUUUCUCAGUGAGCUGGAGACAAAUUCUGAUGCCAAAAUGUUUCAGUAGUUUAGCUUUUGAAAGAAAAUCUGUUCCCCUGUACUUACUGAGUUGAAAGUAAAAAAAAGAACACCGCCUUCAAAAUAAAAAAUGUUGCUCAUGCACACUUUUGUUUGUACUGUAAGUGCUCUGCAGAACCCUUUCCUAUCUAAAUGCCUUCUUUGGUGUAUUUGCCGGUGUAAUAUUUCCUCCUAGGAGUCAAGGAUACUGUACAUCUAAACCAUAAACCAUAGAUAUUAAUGCUGAUAGGGAUUUUGGGAGAGCAAUUCAGCUGUCAGUUAUACUUCAAAAUAGGCGAUUUUGGUAAGAAAUAAGGUUCUGCAGGACACACAUGACUUGACCUUGUUUUCCUUCAAUAAUGAGUGUAUGUUUUAGGUUUGAUGGCAUUUCACAUCAGCGUUUACAUCGGGGAGCCUUAACAAGUGUUUUAAUUUUUGUCUCUGUCAGAAUGUGUUAUAGAAAAUGAUGCUGUUGCUUGCACUCCAUUUAUUAUGUUCUUAUUGCCAAGGAAGGGACAACACACACAUACACACACACACGCACACACACAAAGACACAGCAGCAGUGGUACGGAUUGAGUGUACAUUAUGGGUUGUACAGUGUUAACAAUGGGAGACAAGGGAGCUAAAGGCCAGUUUAUAAAUGGUCAGACACACACACACACACACACACAUGCAUACACACACUCACACACAAACAUCAACUGUGUACAUUUAACCAAUAUAUUUUAGUAGAAUUUUGACUCUAUUCAGUUGAAUGGCUUUUAUAGAAAAAAGUGGAAUUUUUUUAGUUUUUUUUUUCUUUCUCAUGUUGUAUUUUAUUCUGCUACCUUUCUGUACGUUAUUGUUUUAGGUUUAUUUCAUGCAAAAAUGAUAUUUCAACAGCAUAUUUUGACAGCCAAGAAAAAGUUUGUUACACAGCUAAACUUGAAGAAUAAUGUUGAUGAUGAUGAUGAUAAUAAUUAAUAAAAGUAAUAAC